AUGGUGGAAGGCCAGGCCAAGGCGAGCACGACUCUACCAAUGGAGGCGAUAAAGAAAAAGAUGUUGGCUAUGAAGUUGGAUAAGGAGAAUGCUAUUGAUCUGGCGGAUCAGUUGGAGGAGCAGUUGAAGGAAAAGGAGACGGAGAUGUCGAAAAAGGAGGAGGAGAUGGGUGACGUAGUAAAACGCUACCAGAGUCUGGAGGCUGAGAAGGAAGCAGCUGAAACUCAACUGGCUGAGACUAAUCAGAAGCUUGAGGACACCGAAAAGCGUGCUCAAGAGGUAAGUACUACAGCUGUCAUUGUCAUGCAAUUUAUUAUCGCAUUACAAACCCAUGGGUCAGUGAUCGGGUGGGUGGAGGCUAAGCGAAUAAGUGGUGAGAGAAAAGACAAGAAGUCGGGGUGGGGCCCAGUAAACGUGAGUGGCUGUCAACUGACAACCUCUUCCCAUCCCUCCUCUACCUUUCCCCAUCUGAUUGGCUGA